GUCCCACGCCUCCUCUCUUUUGCCAUUUUCUCCCUCUCCUUUUUCUGCUCUCUGGAAAUUCUAGAGAGAGAGAGAGUGACAGAGAGAGAAGAUGAGCUGCAAUGGUUGUCGAGCUCUGAGGAGGGGGUGCAGCCAGUCCUGCAUACUGAGGCCUUGUUUGGAUUGGAUCGAUAGCCCUCAGGCCCAAGGCAACGCCACCCUCUUCGUCUCCAAGUUCUUCGGCCGAAGCAAUCUCUUGUCUUUCAUUGCCGCUGUGCCGGAGAAAACUCGACCUUCUCUGUUUCAGUCCCUGUUGUUUGAAGCUUGCGGCCGAACGGUGAAUCCGGUGUACGGAGCCCUGGGUCUCCUCACCACCGGCAACUGGCCUCUAUGCCAGGCCGCCGUCGAGACGGUUCUCAAAGGAGGCACUUUGCGGCCUAUUGGAGCCGGAAUUUUGAAGCCGCAGACAGACGAAACGUCCGAGGCCUUUCUUUCGGCUCAGAACUGGUACAACAACAACAGUAACAAACAGUCCUAUCUAGAGGAGAAUACAGUGAGUACGAUGUCAUUCGACUCGGGUGAAUCGGAGGUGUUGAUCAGCUUUGACGGCGGCAAUGAUGAGGUGACUAAUCUGCGAGGAGAAGAACCAAGGCUCUUGAACCUUUUUGCAUGUUGACUGAAGUACCGAAUUAAUUUGUUGUUAGAAUUUCCGGCGAGUGUAAUAGUCAGUUCAAACCUUUUUUUGAACUCUAGAGUACGUGCUAGCUUUUUGAUGAAUAAAAGUCAGAACAACUUUCCGAAAUA